AUGGACGGCGCCGGCAGGGAUAGCGGAGGGGCAGCGCCACUGACGCACACGUCGACGUCGCCUCCAGCUGCGACACAGCAUCCCGAACCGUCGACUGACGUCACACGCCACGACGAACCUAGCGAGAAGGCAGCCAGCGCCGACGACGUUUCGACCCCCGAGUCGGGGAACUGUGACGAACCAGAGAAAAACCCAACAGCACGCAAAGGCGGGGUCGGUGGAGACGCUCGAGACGUUUCGCUGGCAGACGUCGGUCAACCUCAGGCAGACGUUACAGACGGCGGUGUGUCUACAGUCCCGCCGUUCGGCUACUACCUCCGCAGGAAGACUGCGUUCGUCAACGUCGAGAGGAUCAAGAGAUUCCUCGCCAGCUCUUUGGAGUCGUCGGAGGAGGAGGGGGAAAGUGUCGGUGUUGGUGCUUCGUCCGAGCAAAACAAAGGUGCAAAUUCAGACGGUGGUGCUCGUGAAGAGGUUGGUGCUGCCAGAGUGAGUUUUAGUGGUGAUCAGGAAACACAGGCCAGCUCCCAGGGUGGGUCGCCGACACAAGACCCAACUGACAGAAAUUCGGGCACAUUUGGAGAAAACAGACAUUUGACAGAUGGUAUAGUUACUGUUACUGAAUCGUACAAAAAUUCUGGAUCAGUUAAUGCUCGUGAUUCCCAGCCUACUGAAAGUGAGACUCAGAUUCAAAAGCUCGUAGGUGAACCGAUAAGAGUAGUCGUCACUGAACGGAGCUUCCAAGAAACUUCGUGUGUAGAGAAGGAGGCUAUCCUAUGUGAAAAGGUUGGUGCAAUUGGGAGCUGCAACAGUCCCGAAGAACAUCAAUCUCGUAUUGGGGACUCUGCUGUAACUACAUCUCCUGUCAUUGCUACAGCUGAGAGAGGAGAAGAAUUGAAAUCUAGAAAUAGCAGUACAGCUAGUAUUGGAAGUGAAAAGGAGCCAGUGUUCCCACCUGCUGGACAAGAAGAUACACCCAAAGGAGGUCAGGUGCUGCAACAGCAAGCCCAUACAGGGUCUAUCUCCUCGCCAGGAAACAGUCCAGAAUCAUCUGCUAGUGGCGCUCUGGUUUCGGCCUUGAAGAAUGGCAAGAAGAAGCUGGUGAAGAGGGUGUCAUUUGCUGAUGAAGGAUCAGACAGGAAAUCCCUGGUCGAAGAGUUUGAGCUCAGGGAGGAAGAACCAGUGAAGCAGCAAGAGAAGAGAGAAAAGCCCUCGCCUCCACCACGGACUGUACCAGCUCCUGCACCGCGUAGCGAGAAGCCUAGCCCGGAAACUGCUGCCGGUCGGCCACAGCGUCUGGUGCUCCAGAAGACUGAAGGGGGAGUUGCUAGGCUGGUGAGAGUAACUUGGCUCGACAGUUCCAGCCAAGGAGAGGCGAAGAAGAGGGAGGAAGAACCGGAGCUCCAGGCGUCCAACCCACAAGAGAGAUUAGUGUCCGAAGAGGCUCGAGGUCCGUCCAGUCAGCAUACGGGGACAGUAGACGGUGAGAUCGCUGCAAAGCUUCCGACGUCUCCGGCGAGGAUCUUUGUAUUUCCAAAUCAGCACACUUCGAGUCAUCCCCAGGACCCUGGCCCUUCGGGAGGUAUCUGGAGGCGAGACAGCACACCUGCAAGCGACGACGUCUUCUUGUCGCCAACUGAGGAGGCUGAAUUUGCCUCCAGUGGCAGACCAUUCAGUAGCUUUGUCAGUUCUGCCCUCACUGACAGACCAGCAGAGCCUGAACCAGUGGAUGUCUUGUCUGCGGGAGACAGCGUAGUGUCCAUUUCUGACUCGAGCGGGGCCAGCGACUCUAGAGAAAGCCUCUACACAGAUAGUGCUUCUGGGUACCCCUCCAGCAGUGAUAGUGCUUUUGUUGAUCUCGCACCAGCAGAAGAUCCAGAGGACGAGGAAGGAGAAGAGGAUAGUGAGGCUGAUGAUCAGUGGCAACAAGACAGCAGUUCUGGGAGCAGUGACGACGAAUUUGAUGAGAACAGUGGGUGCCCCGAGGAGCCAGUGACACAGGUUGAUCCGAAUUGUCGGGUUCCAGCAGUAAGUGGAGACCCCGAACCUGAUGUACUACCGGAAAGAGAAUUUUGGAGUGAAGCAAGUGUUGUCGAAGACAGAUCUCUGAGGCAGGAUAGUGUGGUUGGAUCUGAGCAGAGAUACUGUCCCGUGGAGAAUGGUGGCUUGAAAAGGGCUAGUGGAGAUUUGGCUCCUGGUGCUACUCCCUUGUCAGUUAAGGAAGUACUUCUUUCAGGAGUAGUCAAGAGCGAAACUGGAGCAGCUGCCUCUUACCUCACUGAAGUAGAGCAGGUUGGUUAUAGUGGCUUCCCUUUAGACGGGAAGGCAGUUGACUGUGUUUCGAGUCAAGAGAGGUGCAUCACACUAAACUACGUGAACUUGGAGGCGGAGAAAGGUCGCGAAGUGAGUGUCAGGGACCAGGAUUUUGGUGGAGGAAAGGCCGGCUUAGAGAGGCACGACAGUUCGCAGCUGCCGCCCACGCCACCACCCAGCCCAGUAGAGGGCGAGGAGUGGGAGGGCGAUCCUCCAAGGGCAGGCCCUUCGAGGGCGCACCCUCUGCAGGAGGAGCAGGGGGUUCUAGAUACGCAGUGCCUUAGAGAGGCGUCCACAACGGGGUCCAAAGGCUCCAAAGAACAGCCUGCCGGAAUCUUGCCAAUACCGGAGGAAGGAGGGGAGAACGGAGGGAGAGAGAACAGGAUCGAGGAAGCAGACACUGAGAGGGAUGAAAACUGUGCGAAGCAACGACCACAAGAGGGACAGCUCAAGAAGCAAGAGCAGUCUACGCCGUCGUCAUCGCCGCCGCCAGAGACAGACCCGACGAACGCCGCCGUCUCAACCGUGCUCGUCCUGACGAAAGACGAAGUCUAUCCGGAGCAAGGCGAACGGGAAGAAGCAGGAAUAGAAGACAGGUACCCUCAAGAGGGAGUGCAGUCUAGCGGAGAAGUCACAGCCACCAGAGACGCCCCAACACCCCGAAAACCUCAGCGACAGGUGGAGGACAGCAGCGCAGCCGAGACGUCCUGCGAGGAGAUGCCGGGCCCCCCGGAGGGCGAGGCCGAGGUGCCGCUGCAGAGGGCUCUGGACCACAUCGAGCAGCUGCAGCAGAACCUGUCCACCAGGCUGAGCCCCGGCGCCGUGCAGGCCAUCCGGGCCGAGCUGAAGGGCGCCAGCCCCGCCGCGUCGCCCUCCGGUCCUGGUUCGACGCCAGACAACGCUCGCCGCCGGGAGGCGUUCUUCCGCGACGGCCUCGCCGGGGCUUCCCCGGCCGGCGGCAGCGGCGGCGCCCCUGCCACCUGGCGGCGCAGCGCCGAACUGUCGCCGCCGCGCGCCGCGCACAACUCGCCGCCAGGCGGCAGCACUGCGGCGGCGCCGGGCGCGGGUGCUGACAGCUGGCGGCGCAGCGCGGAACUGCCCGCCACGACCGUCACCAAACGAGUGCUGUGGGUGGCCGAGACAGAGCCGGCGGCAGCAGAAAAACCGCAGCCUGCGACAGCAGGUGACGGAGGAGCGGCCGACCCGUCGUCUCCGCCAAAGUCCGCCCGCGUCUUCAUCUCGCUCAGCCCCCGCUCCGUCGAGAAGCUCGUCUCCGGGCAGCGGGGUCCCAGAGCUGACACGAAGAGUGCUCCCGUGACACGGCCCCAGCAGAACGGCAAUGCAGCGACCGACAGAGCCGGCGACACCUCGAGACCGGCGGUCGGCCGCGACAGGCCGGAUGGAGCUGCCGGCUCCCCGGCCGGACGGCGACCUGGGCCGCGACCGGCGGUCCCCGCGGUGAAGCCCUCCGUGACUCCGAGGAAGGACACCGUCGCACCAGAUCGCACUGCGGCGGUGUCCCGAGAAGAUUCCGUGCCGCAGGGGAAAGUGUCGAGCCCUGCAGAGCUGGCAGGUCCGAGAGGAGGUUCGCUGGCGAAGGCUCCCGGUAAAGCACAGAGACCUGAACCUGGUGCGAAUCUGCCCACCACUCCUAAGACAGAAAGCAAUACGCAGAAGCCAGAGGUACCACCGAAGUCCGUCUCCCAGCGAUCCAGCUUAGCUGGGGCCAAGCAGCAGAGUCCAGAAUCACCGCCCGGGACUGCCGACGUCUCGGCGUCGACUACUGUCGAGUCCACAGGCGACGACACGGACAUUCCGUACGCAGAUUCGGAUGACGAGGCGAGUGCCGGUGAGAUGUCGCCCGUGUACCAGCCCUCCGCAGGUAAUCCGCUGUCUGCUUCACGGCUGGAGGUGUUCCAUUACACCACCAUCCUUGCGGCCACAGGGAAUCAGCCGGCAGGGGCUGCGGACGCGGCAGCUGCAGCAGCGGCGAGGUCAGUGCCGCAGUCUGCGGGCCGCAUGUCGUGGACGCAGCAGCUGCUGGAGAAGCUGUCCGAGGAGGAGGACGCCAAGAGGAAGCGGCAGGCCGAGGCGCCCCGCAAGCCCCCCAGACUGGUGCGCUACCCCGGGCAGAGGGAGGCGGAGGAGGCACAGCGCAGGGCGUCCGCCCCCACCGGCUACCACCCGCUGCAAACUGUGGGGGCGACGGACCCCGUGCUGGCGAGUGCCGUGCCGGGCACGGACGCGUACGCCGAGCUCAUCGACCGCCUCAUCGAGGACGGCAGCCCCGCCACACGGCACAGGCCGUACCGCCAGCAGUAUGGACCAGGGGGCAUCCCGCUCCGGAGGCAGGCGUCGCUGGAGGAGGACAGCGGCAGCACGACCAGCAGCGACGGCGCAGAGACGGCGCGCCUGCGCCAGAAGUUCGAGGAGGAGCUGCGCACUGUGGCGGCGAUGCAGCAGCGCCGGCAGGCUGCCGACCCCGAGGCGGGAGCGGGUGCCGCGGCUACACCCCAGCCGCCCGUUCCCGUGCAGGACACCGCGCCGCUGCAGAGGGCUGUCUCACCAGCGCAGAGGGCUGCCUCACCAGCGCAGAGGGUCGCCUCACCGACGCAGAGGGUCCGGUCGCCGCCCCCUCCGGAGAGGUCGACGACCACUCCGCGAGGCUACCAGACCGUGAAGGUAACGGCGCUGGUGGAGAAACCGUCGACACCGCCGAAGAGGCAUCCGUCGGCGCAGGCCGAGCCGUCGGCCUCUACGCCGUCACCCCCGAAGCAGCUGACGAGUUCUCCGGACCGGGACGCCAUCAAGCCGAAGCCCAUCUCACCGGUCGUGCGACGGACCGCAAUGUCACCGCAGCCGCCGGCAGGCGCCCGUCCGCAACAGGCCGUGCCGAAGCUGCGUGCGUCGCCGAUGCAGCAGCAUCGUCAGCAGCAGCAGCAACAACAACAACAACAACAACAACAACAACAACAGCAGCAGCAGCUGCGGCAGCAGCAGCAGCAACAGCAGCAACAACAACAACAACAGCAGCAGCAGCAGCAGCAGCAGAAGACGAAGAGCUCGGGACUGCGGAGGUUCCUGUCCCCGGCGGCCAGCCUGUUCGCGUCGGCCACGGGCAACAGUCCUCGCAACCGCAGGAGUCUCAGUGAGGACCGCAGCUCUAGGUCCUCCCCACUCCUGCUGAAACCGUACAAGUCCAAGAAGCAGCAGCAGCAGCAGCCGAAUGCACAGGAGGACGCCGCGCAGAGGCAGCCGUUGCUGGCGCAGAAGAAGUCCACGCCGCAGCCCGCAGCCGCCACACACGAUGCCAAAAGGAAAGUCCACCCCACCUCAAAUGCUCCACUGGUGGAGACGGCGUUCCUCUCCGAGCCGAAGAAGCCGACGCCGACAGCGACGCAGCAGAACCUGCUCAACGCGGGGGCGGACUACCGCAACAAGCCGCUGCCCCCCGUGCCGCCCCACCGGACCUCCAGCCGCAGCAGCAGCGGUGCCGGCACUGCCCCCGCACCCACACCCGUCCCGGUGCCCACCCCCGUGGUGGCCGCCCCCGCCGGAGGCAGCUCGCACAGCACUGCGCGGACCAUCCCCGACACGUCUCUCGUGCUGGAGGAGCGGCUGGACAGCAUCCGCCGCAGCCUCACGCCCACGCAGUACUCCAGGGGCGAGGUGCCCGCAGCUGCAGACUUUGCCGGCCGGCGGCAGCAGAAACGCUACCAGUCGCUGCCGCCCAUGUCGUCCCUGCCGGCGACACGCCAGCAGCUGGAGGCGAUGGAGCGCGCGGCCCGCGGCUCGCCGCCUGCCUCGGAGUACCGGCCGGCGGGCAAACCGUCGGCUGCUGCGAGUCAGUCGGCGUACCGGCAGGUCCCUGCGAACCCCUCGGCCGGUAUCUACCAGAAUGUCCAGCAGACCAACAGGGCGAGGCAGCAGGCCAGCUACCCAGAGGUCUACUACCACGGCAAGCAGCACGACACCCAGUCGGACACGGAGGCCCUCCGGCAGAACCGGCCACCCACGCAGCGCGGCCGCGGCGGGAGCGUCGCGUCGGACGGUGCCGACACGGUGCAGUCGUCGCGCAGUGUGGACGCCAGCUCGCCGUCGUCAUCGUCGACGGCGACGGUGGUCUCCUCGGCACAGCAGCAGCGGCAGAGGCCCGGGGACGCGGUGGACGCGGCGGACGUGUCGCCUGGGGCGGCUGAAGUACAGAGGGUGAUGCAAGCCAGACCACCUAUGGCGCUGCCGCCCCCGUCCGGCCGCAUGUCGGCCCCUCCGAGCACCGCCGACUGGCAGCGCCGCUACGGCCGCAUCCAGCAGCCGCUGCUGCAGUCGCCGCCCGCCCUCGUGCCGGUGUCGGCAGCCAUCAAGGUCACCAGGGAGCCCGUCUACAGCAACCUCUCGCAGGCGACGCCCUCGCAGCAGCCGCAGCGCCGGCAGCACGUACCGCUGUCGCCCGUCUCCCCGCCGCCGGACGGCACGGUGCGCCUGAGCCGACGCGAGCUGGAGGCGCUCUACUGGCAGACGCAGAUGCUGCGCGAGGAGCUGGCCGCGCAGAAACGCUACCUCGGCAUGACGGGGCCCGCGCCCGCCUCCGACACGUCCGUCGCCUCCACUGCGACCGCGGGGAGCGGGGGCGGCGCGUACGUGUCCGUCCUGCCGCGGCCACAGCCGGUGUACGCCAGCCCGCAGACGCAGCUGCCGCCCCAGCAGCAUCGCCGCUCACGCAGCAUGUCGCCGUCGCCGUACCACGGGCCCGUCUCUCCUGGCAGCGCCUACCCUCUGUACGCUUCCAACAGGAGCCUGAGCCUGAGCUUGCCGCGUGGCGCCGUGCUGCCGGAGCUGUAUGACGCCCAGCAGCAGCCGUUCGUGCGCGGCGCGCCGUACCGGAACACCGUCGCCGGCAUCCGCAGCCACUCCGUUUCGGAGCGCACCUCCACCCCCACCAUAUACGAGGAGGCCGCGCACCAGCAGGCUGCGGCUCCACGGCGCGAGCAGAGUGCAGACGGGACUCCGCACCGCAGGAGCCGAGGCGUGGGGGCGGGCGAGGGGCCGCCACCCAUCUUCAAGAGGGGGUCGCUGCAGGGCCUGCCCGAGCCGGACGGUCCGGCCAGCUCCACGCCCAAGAGGGUCAGCUUCACGCCGGGAGAGGACGUCUCGCCGCGGCCCAACUGGCCCACGAGGAACGGGCCGGCAGCACAGCCCCCGACGAGGAACAGGGACAGUGUGGAGUCUGACGUGUUCCUGCCAAAUUCGCCGCCGCCCGCCACUUCUGCUGCCAACUACGUGAACCUGUCCGACCUGGGCUACGCGUACGGCUACGGUUACGGUUACGGAACGUCUGUGGCUGCGGAGCGGCGCAGGCCGUACGGUGUCGUGGUCCGGCGCAGCGCCCCGCCGGGCUCCGUCACCAGUCCCACCGGGACUCCCGACAGGCCACUCCCGCCCCUGCCGCCGAGUUCGAGCGGCGAGCUGUCCGGCAGCAACUCGUCAGUGUACGGAGUGGUCGUCCGCAAGCCGCAGCCGCAGCAGCCGGUGCAGCUGUCCCCGGACCGCUGGCAGUACCGCGCCGCGUUCCCGUCCCCCACCGGCAGGUGGCCGCAGUCCGAGUCUGAAUCCGGCAGCGAGGCGGGCGAGAUCCAGCGCAUCCUGGGCCGCGGCCGCAGCAGACCAGGUGUAGUACCGUUAAACGGAUGGCCGGCGUCGGAAGUCCACCGGCGGUUUACAACGCUAGGCUGAGGCGCGUCGUCUUCUCUAGCCGGGAGCAGCACGAGAGCGACCUGCGCUGGGUCAUCUUCUCCAGGAAGAACCACAAUCUGAGCAACGGGCCGGCGCGCCCCAAGUGCGACCGCAAGGAGAAUUCCCCGCCGGUCGCGCCCGAGCCGGGCCCGGCCGCCGGGUGCGGCAGCUUCUACGUGGGGAUGGACUCCCGAGACAGCAAGCGCGCCAUCGCGCACCAGCGCUACGUCGACGCGGCGCUCAGGUCUGUCAUAGACCUGCCGUGCCUGCAGCAGUACUAGGGACCGUCUCUUCUGUAGGCUCCGUCCUACAUUCUUCACUCUGUGUUUGUAGUUUUUCAAUUAUGCUGCACGUAGUUCCUAGAAUGUGCAUUGUAACUAAUUAUUCUCGUGUUGUUUUUUGUGUUUCUAACGAUCCGAGAGCCUCUCAAUACUCUUAUUCAGCACAUCUGUUUACAGUUUAUGUGCUAAGAGCUUUCACAAAAAAAAAAAAAAAAAGAAAAGUGCCAGACGGGAAUAAUUCAGUAAGUAGACUCUUCCCCUGAAAGAAGCUAAAAAUACAAGGAGAGGCUUCGGAACAAAUAAUUUUGUACAAUUAACUAAUAUGAUCAUAAAUUGAUUGAUUUGCGUUCUAAUUUUUUGAAUUUUUUGUUUGUUCCUCUUAGACUGUAGUUGCUUCUCGUUUUUUAAUUACUGUUAUUUAAUCUGAUUAGCUUUCUACUCUUCACGCACAAAGAUAUACUGAGAAAUUUAAAUUUCGUAGUUCUCCGCUUUAGUAAGAACUGUCAGCACUGAAACGAUAAUGCCAAGAGAGUCUUCGAGAUAAGUAAUUUAUAAAAUUAAUUCCUUUGUGUGACUAUAAAUUCAAUUCCCUUAUUUUUUUACCAUUAUUAUUGUUAGUUAUUUCUGUCACACCAUAGUUACUUCUCAUUGUUUGACUAAUUAUUGUAAUUUAACAGGAUUAGCUUUAUUUUGCUUUUCAUGCACAAACAUGCUGCACUGAGAAAUUUAAAUCUCUCCAAUUUAUUGUCUGGAGUCUGCACAGAAAAGAUGACAAUGUAAAGACAGGCUUCAAGAUGAGUAAUUCAUAAAAUUAAUUACUGUGCGUGGCUAUAGAGUCGUUUCUCUCGUGUACCAUUGCUGCUUCUCAUUGUUUAUCUAAUUAUUGUAACAACAAGAUUAUCUAUCUUUAGCUUCUCAUGCACGAACAUGGUGCACCAAGAAAUUUAAAUUUCUCCAACAGAAAAUAUAAAAAUCUAGAGAGAGGCUUUGAAGCAAGUAAUUUUACAAUUAGUUCCUGUUAAUAUAAAUCAUCAUAUGUGAUUUAAAUUCAUUACUUCUUGCUCUUAUACCUACAUUGGAUUCUCAUUGUUUAGGCAAUUAUUGUAAUAAAAUAGGAUCACCUUUGUGUGUUCCGUGCAUAAAGGUGCUACUCAGAGAAAUUUAAUUUUGAAUGCCUCUCCCAUUUAAUAAGAUACUACACUGAAAAAAUGAAAAAAAUAUAGAGAGAGGCUUCAAAACAUAUCAUUUAUGCAAUUAGUUCCUACGAUUAUAAAAUAUUAUUUUUGUAAUUAUCAUUAUUUUUUGUUCUUAGACCAUAAUGGCUUCUCAUUUUUUGCUUAAUUAUUGUAAUAUAAUGUCGUUAGCUUUGCUUUGUGUUACUUUUUGCAGAAGUCAUGUUCAAUGUUAACUGUUAAUUUGAACUUCACGAAAAUUAACUCGCUGCCUUAACAUUCAAAGAGAAAAAUUAUCUAAAGCAGAUUCAGAUAUAUGCACAGUAAUGUGAAUUCAAGGACGUGACUGGAAUUGUAACAUUUAUAGGGUUGCAGAAAUUGUAUGGGGCUUUGGUGGCGUCAGUUUUAUUACAUGAUUGUAUAAUGUAAAUUAUUUACUUUCAUAAUACUAGGGAAUAGUCAGUUUCAGUUUCGGUUUUCGCAUCAGCACAAAGGUUAUGUUAUGAAAUAAAUUCAGUGCAGGUGGUACCAAAAGAGCUCUUUUGAAAGCUGGAGGUAAAAUCUAAUUAAUGAUGUACAUAGGAAUCGUUUUGUGCAGUCAAAUGUAAGUAUUUAUAGUGAUCUACAAUGGAUGUAAAUUUUAUUUAUUUUUUUGUCAGAACAUUAUUGAGAAACAAAGAUAGUCAUGGUGUAUGACCAAUUUAUUUCCUGGAAGUGUAAUUUAUGACUUUUAUUAAUUAUUUUUAUGCAUUGUGAUCUGAUCUUGUUUAUAAAAUUGCAUUUUUAGUAUAUAUGCUUGUUAGUGCUGUGAUUUAAUGCUUUCAAUCAGUCCGCAUUAACCAUGCCGACAGGUGUUUGUAGAAAUUUGGCUUGUGUUGCUUAUUAGUUAUUCAGCUGUGUUUCUGUAUUUUGGCAAUAAUUUUAAUUACAUUUGCAAGAUUGUGAUGUGAAUUUUGUGACUUUCUGUAUUUGCUGUUGAUUUUGUUAAUAGUUUCAGGUUGUCAAAUAAAAUUAAUGUAAGUAGAAAA